AACCUCGAAGAGAAUGUAAUUGUUCGAGCAAAUGGCUUUGCUGUCGCUGCGUCCGUAAGGAGCCUGCGGAUGUUCAAAGAGACAACCAGUUGCUCGCAAACCUGUCACGCUCAAAUCUGCCUACUCACGCGCCUGACAUCGCGGAGCGUCCACUACCUGUUGCUUUGGAAGAAGAAAAGUAGCGUAUUAUAUCGUGGGAGUAACCAAAUAGUUUCAUUUAACAAUACUCAUUCAGUAAUGUGCUAUUUGGAAUUUAAAUAACAAGGAAUAGUUAGGCUAUUUUUGGGAAGCCCCUCCAGGCGUCUUGUUCGUAGCAUCUUCAUCUCUGGCAUUGUGCGCCUGUGUUUUCGGUGCUGAGGUGGGGACGAUGGUAGAGCUGGAGAAGGAGGUGCUCCCGCUGCCUCCACGGUACCGGUUCCGAGACCUGUUGCUGGGUGACUGGCAGGCUGAUGACAGGGUGCAGGUAGAAUUCUAUGUGAAUGAAAAUACUUUCAAGGAACGUCUCAAGCUGUUCUUCAUCAAAAACCAAAGAUCCAGUCUGAGGGUGAGGCUGUUCAACUUCUCUCUGAAGGUCCUCAGCUGUCUUCUCUACAUUGUCAGAGUCCUACUGGAUGACCCACAGGAGGACAGACGGGACUGUCUGGACUGUCCUAAACAGAACGCAUCGGUCCACCCUAGCAGAACCCAGUUUGACUGGUCCCUAAUCAUCUGGGUGAACAGACCUCUGCCCUUGUGGUCUCUGCAGGUGCUUGUGGCAUUCAUCAGCUUUUUCGAGACGAUGUUGCUGGUGUACCUUAGCUACAAGGGCAACGUUUGGGAGCAAGUGUUGCGUGUUCCCUUCAUCCUGGAGAUGAUCAGUGCAGUUCCCUUUGUGAUCACUGUGAUUUUGCCCUCCCUCAGAAAUCUGUUCAUCCCUGUAUUUCUCAACUGCUGGCUGGCCAAACAUGCCUUGGAGAACAUGAUAAAUGAUCUGCACCGAGCCAUCCAGCGUACCCACUCAGCCAUGUUCAACCAGGUCCUUAUCCUCAUCUGCACACUGGUCUGCCUCAUGUUCACCUGCAUCUGUGGGAUCCAGCACCUGGAGCGAGCGGGGAACAACCUGACUCUGUUUGACUCACUCUACUUCUGCGUGGUGACCUUCUCCACGGUGGGCUUUGGCGAUGUCACCCCCCAGAUCUGGCCCUCUCAGCUGCUGGUGGUCAUCAUGAUCUGUGUGGCGCUCAUUGUGCUUCCCAUACAGUUUGAACAGCUGGCGUUCCUGUGGAUGGAGCGGCAGAAAUCGGGGGGGAACUACAGUCGCUACCGAGCCCAGACAGAGAAGCACGUGGUGCUGUGUGUCAGCUGUCUCAAGAUAGACCUCCUCAUGGACUUCCUCAAUGAGUUCUUUGCUCACCCCAGACUGCAGGACUAUUAUGUGGUGAUCCUGUGUCCAGCAGAGAUGGAUGUGCAGGUGCGGAGGGUGCUCCACGUACCUCUGUGGGCCCAGAGGGUCAUCUACUUGCAGGGCUCCGCUCUCAAAGACCAGGACCUGAUGAGGGCCAAGAUGGACGAUGCUGAGGCCUGUUUUAUCCUCAGUAACCGAUUUGAGGUGGACCGCUUCGCUGCUGAUCACCAGACCAUUCUCAGAGCCUGGGCAGUAAAGGAUUUUGCCCCAAACUGCCCCCUGUAUGUCCAGAUCCUCAAACCCGAGAACAAGUUCCAUGUCAAGUUUGCAGACCAUGUGGUGUGUGAAGAGGAGUUUAAGUUUGCCAUGCUGGCCCUGAACUGUGUGUGUCCUGCAACCUCCACCCUUAUCACCUUAUUGAUCCACUCUUCAAGAGGACAAACAGCAUCUCCAGAGGCCUUCAGGCCACGUGCAGGAGGCUUCCAGACCCUCAACAGGGAGGGCGGGGCCUGCUCAGCAGACCAGUGGCAGCGAACCUAUCGCCGCUGCUCAGCCAAUGAGGUGCAUCACAUUCGUCUGGAGGAGAGCAAGUUCUUUGGCGAGUACCAGGGGAAGAGCUUCACCUUUGCUUCCUUCCACGCACAUAAGAAGUAUGGCGUGUGCCUGAUCGGAGUGCGGAGGCUGGACACCGCCAACAUCCUGCUGAACCCAGGUCCCUGUCACAUCAUGGGUGGUUCUGACACCUGUUUCUACAUCAACAUCUCCAAGGAGGAGAACUCAGCGUUUGUCAGGGGCCACAGGGAGCCCACCCGCGGGGGGGCCAGGGGCGGCGACAGGGGAGUGGGGCCCCAGACCAUCUACCAUGGACUCACCAGACUUCCAGUCCACAGCAUCAUCGCCAGCAUGGGCACCGUGGCCAUUGACCUGCAGGACUCUGGCGACAGCAGCCCAAAAGGCCAUGGUCAUGGAGGUGGGGGCAGGAGCAGCCGGUCAGAGGGGGGGUCGGCAGGGGCCAACACCCUGGCGCUUCCAGCCACGACAGACUCGGCCGAGGAGAGACGCCACAGCAUCGCCCCGGUGUUGGAGCUGGUGGACGGGGUGAACUCGCCAACGUUUGAUCUGCUGGGGGACCAAUCAGAGGACGAGGGCGGGGACGAGGGGAAGGAGGAGGACGAGAAGGGCCAAUGGUGGGGCGGACACUGCGAGUGGGUAAAGGGGUACCCGCUGAACUCUCCAUAUAUUGGCAGUUCUCCUGCCUUGUGUCACCUGCUGCAGGAAAAAAUGCCCUUCUGCUGCCUGCGUCUGGACAAGGUCUGUGAACACGUUCCAUUUGAAGACGCUCGGUCCUAUGGUUUUAAGAAUAAGCUGAUCAUCGUGUCAGCAGAGAGCGCAGGGAACGGCCUUUACAACUUCAUCGCACCCCUGAGGGCCUACUAUCGCCCCAGGAAGGAGCUCAACCCCAUUGUGCUGCUACUGGAGACCAUACCUGAGCCAGACUUCCUGGAGGCUAUCUGCUGGUUCCCCAUGGUGUUCUACACAGUGGGCUCCAUCGACAACCUGGACAGUCUGCUGCGUUGCGGGGUCACGUUUGCUGACACCAUGGUGGUGGUUGACAAGGAGAGCUCCAUGAUUGCGGAGGAGGAUUACAUGGCAGACGCUAAGACCAUUGUGAAUGUCCAGACCCUUUUUAGACUGUUUCCAGCUCUCAGCAUCAUCACUGAGCUCACCCACCCAGCCAACAUGCGCUUCAUGCAGUUUAAAGUCAAAGACCACUACUCCCUGACUCUCUCCAAGCUGGAGAAGAAGGAGAAAGAGAAGGGCUCCAACCUGGUGUUCAUGUUCCGCCUGCCCUUCGCUGCUGGUAAGGUGUUCAGCGUCAGCAUGCUGGACACUCUACUCUACCAGUCUUUUGUGAAGGACUACAUGAUAUCCAUCACCAGACUGUUGUUGGGUCUAGACUCCAUGCCUGGCUCAGGAUUCCUCUGUGCUAUGAAGAUAACUGAGGAGGACCUGUGGAUCCGGACCUAUGGUCGUCUUUACCAGAAACUAUGCUCCUCUACUGGGGACAUCCCCAUCGGCAUCUAUCGCACUGAAGCCCACAAGCUACCGGUCUCUGAGUCCCAGGUGUCCAUCACGGUGGAGGACUACGAGGACACCAGAGAACCCAGGGAGCCCCUGCUGUCCCGGACAGGCCCCCACCGCAACUCCACCUCCUCCGAGCCUCCGUCCUCAUCCUCCCACUCCUCGGACCACCCCCUCCUCAGGCGGAAGAGCAUGCAGUGGGCCAGGAGACUGAGCAGGAAGGGGUGUCGCGGGACGUCUGGGUCGAAGGGAGGGACGGGGAGCGCUGCGGAGAGAAUCAGCCAGCAGAGACUGACCCUGUUCAGGCGCUCUGAAAGACAGGAGCUGAAUGCCCUGGUCCGCAUGCGCAUGAAACACCUUGGCCUUUCACCCAGCGGGUUCAACGGAAUGACAGACCAGGGCAACCGGUUGUCUUACAUCCUCAUCAAUCCCUCUCCUGAUACCAGGCUGGAACUGUAUGAUGUGGUGUACCUGAUCAGGCCAGACCCCCUGUCUCUGGUGCCCAACCAGGGGGCUGGUAGGAAGGCCAGCAACUGCCGCUCCGAGGGUCACAGGUUCGACACACAGGACAGUACCCAUUUGUGAGCGUAGCCGACAGAACUCACCAGCAUAGCGGGAAAGGGGAGGAAAAAAAUAUAUAUGAAUAUUGGAGAGAGACUAUUGGGGAAGGUCAUGUGGUCCAGAUCUUCAGCUAUCCCUUCUUUUUUUAUUCUCAAAUGCAUGGACCUUUUCUACAAGCUCAUUUGAUUUCUUUAUGCACGGUUUCAUUAGCGAUGUGGAUAACUGUGGACACAGAAGUGCAUUAAAAAGAACUUGUAUUUGUGUAUGUGCCUGUAUUAUACGUAUGUAUGUUGAAAGACAGACACUGCAAAUGUAUGGACAGCCAAAGGAACAUAUCUCCAGAUGGAUUUGGUGGGAUAACUGAUAUUCUUCUGUCUGUGUCGUUGCCGUGUGUUGAGUCACACUCGAGAUCAUUCAAGGUGAUUUUAGCAGAGUCAACCAUGAUCUAUGGUUUCAUUAAUAUAUUUUGUACCUUUUUAUCUGAUUAUACCAUUGCUUCAGCUCUGUCAGUUCCCAUGAUCAUCUUUCAGCCCACCAGCAUCAGAGGAAGCCAAAGAGACAAUGUGGAUUGCCUACCAUUUAGCACAUUUAGAGAGCUACCAGGCAUGUGUCAAUGCUUGGUAAUCUGCAACACCGUUUACUGUCCUCAACCAGAAAGGGAGGCCUUGAAGAAGUGAACCUGUCCUUGUCUUCUUCCGUGAGAAUCCCUCGAAAAAAGCUAAUAUUUGUUUUCCUAUACUUGUUUCUUUAUGGAAAGUUCUACGUAGCCAAGAACAGUCUGUCUCUGUUAAGUGUUUCCCUAUUACCCACAUCUCCUCAACAAGCUUGCUGUUCUUUUGUCAUGCAUGUUGGAGAAUCAUGCAUGUGGAGACCAAGGACUUGCAAGCCUCAUAUAUAUUUGUUUAGCAGAGAUGGCGGUGCCACAGUGUGGUCAGAAUUCUGCUCAGCAUCCCUGUACUUCAGUACUUCUUUCUGUGCCAUUCCAAAAGAUAUGAAAUGUGUAUAUAUUAAAGUCAAUAUACAUCUACUCUUUCAAUGGCUCGAUUUGAUUUUCAAAGAUUUUUUGUUUUCUAUUUUGAGUAUCUUCAUAUCCAAUUUAUUGUUAACCCUUCGGGCACAGCAGUCAAGAGAUCUGGAAAUGCUUGUCCCGUGACAUGUUCCAUCAAACAGCCAUUCUUCUCAUCACACUGCUUGCUUAAUCAGGAAGUCCGGGGAACCAAGGUGUCAAACGGAGAAGCCUAUCAACCUCAAACAGCUUAAAGGUGCCCAAGCCACCACAAAACACGACCAUCAGCCAUGUGUAGCACAGCCUUGGCUUGCGUCGCUUGGGAGGCCCCCCCUCCAAUUAGUUUUCAAAGUUAUUAUUAUACUCACACAGUAGCUGGGCUUUGCUGUUAUGACAGUGUACCUGAUUCCACCAGUUGUGGCUUGCAAUGAACAUAUUCUGGGUUUGAUACAUGACUGUUCUGAAAAUAAUGCAUAUAAAUAGAGGUACCAACCUACCCCGUGUUAGUCAUCCCAUUGUCUGACACCGCAGUGCUUUCAACUGGUUUCACCCAUCUCAUCUCACAGGGCAAUCUAUUGUCCAGACUCAUCUUUCAUUUUUCACUGUUAGAGUAUGAGUCAUACUCUAAUAUUGUCACCAUCAAAAAAGCCCUUAAUGGUGUCCUAUGCCCUCAUGUUAACCUCCCCCUCCCGUGUGUGUGUGAGUGCAUGCAUGCAUGCGUUUCUGACUUCCCCAAACCGUGCUUGACAAGGUUUCCUAGAAAAUGUUGGCUAAUGGGGACAUUUUCCAGUCCCCAUUUUGAAAAAUGGUGUUUAGGUUGAGGGUGAAAGUUGUAAUUUGGGGUUAAUGCUAGAAUUAGUGUUAGGCAUUACCAGUUAGUUUAAGGGUUAUGGUUAGGCAUUAAGGGUAAGUUAAGUUUAGUUAUACGUUCAUUUAUUAAAUUUAGGUAGAGGUUAGGGUUAGAAUUACCAUGGUUAAAAUUAGUAAGACUUGUUUUAAGGGCAAUCUGCUUUGGUGUCCCAUUUAGAUUGUGUGUGUGUGUGCGUAUGUGUGCGUGCGUGCGUGUGUGGUUGUGUGAUGUCUGUUCCCUAAAGCACUGUGUACU